AUGGCCGGCAAAGCGUCCAAAAAACAGGCGCAAGCCAACCUCCAGGCUCUAAAGCAGCUGUACACGGUUUUGGGUGGCGUUGCAGUGCUCGUUCUACCAAGACUUCUCUUCUCAAGCGGGAAACGUUGGAUGUGGAUAAGUGUACUUCAUGCACCAGCUGCCGCGUGUGUUUACAUUUUGGAGAAGAACGGGAGACCCAGAUACGAUGCGGCAGGACAUAUUGCGCGUGAGGGAAUGGAUCUGAGUCAAAAGGGUCUCACUGAAUGGAUGUUCGAUAUCAUUUAUUUGUCGUUGUUGGCGGACUCGGGACUCAUUCUCUUCAACAGUUUGAAACUAUGGUACAUAAUGCUGCUAGUGCCAAUCUACUUUGGGUACAAAAUCAAGGGCUUUGCAGGUCCCAUGCUUGGUGGUAUGAACAACGCCAAGGCACAGCGUCCAUCUUCUGCUUCUGCCCCAGCUGCCAAAUCCAAAAGACAGGAAAAGCGUGAAAAGCAGGGUGAAAAAACACGCUACAGGUACAAGUAA